GGUAGUAUGUUAAUUGAACAAGUCAUUUUGUGUUUUGUAACCUCGUGAUAGUAUUGUAACAAUUUAAUUUUUAACAUAUUUGUUUUCCUAAUAUCGUAUUUCACAGUUGAUAACGCAUCAUUGCUGGAAUGUCUCUUGUAAAGUUGUCUGAAGGCAUAGCCGAAGACCCUCAACUGAAGGAUUACUUUGAUUUGUUGGAAAAUUUAAUUUCAAAUCAAACUAUGCACCACAAAUUAACGUACAUUCCAAGCGUAACUAAGUAUUACAAGUGUCCCCUCUGUGACGUCUAUUUAUUCCCGCCAAUCUUCCAAUGCGUGAAUGGUCACUGUUACUGUAAAAAAUGCUUCGAACUGGUGGGCGGCUGCGACACCUGCAAAGCUCCCAUGUCCGACAAGCGUCACAGUCUGUAUGAGAAAUGGGCCGAAACCCUCGAAUUCCCUUGCGAAUGCGAAAUCAACGGCUGCAAAUACAGGGGCCACUACAAGGAUGUGCUCCAGCACCAGAAGGUAUGUCGCUGGACCUGUUGCAAUUGGGUAAAGUCCAUCGGCAAAUAUACGUUGUUUGAGAACAACUUGGGUUGUCCCGAUAACGUUCUGUCUACUUUCUUUGCCAAUGGUAUUAGACGCAAGACCAGAAGGGGCAAGAGGAGGAAUCCAAUUUUGUUAGCCAAUUAAUUGUAUUUUAGUGAAUUAUUAUUAUUAUUAUUAUUAUUAUUAUUAUAUUUUGUGAGUUAUACUGUAGUAGUUAAUACGGAUUAUUAAUAUUAUUGUUAUUUAUAAAUUAAUUAAUGUUAUUAGUAUUGUAUUUCUGAUGAAAUUUAUAUGUGUAGUAUUACUUUUCACACUGUUAAAAAUGGCCCAUAUAUUUGAAAUGAUUAAUUUUGUAUGGAGUACAGAAGUUGAAACAUGCUUCAAAGUUAAAAUGUAAUAUUCAACUGAAGAUUAAUAUUUAUAAUUCUAUGUAUUGAAAAUUCUUUUAAUAAAUUAAAUAAUAAAUA